UUUACUACGAGUGAAACGAGAACAGACGGAGAGUAAAGAGGUCCAACAGCUGAGCACAUUCUGCACUUCUGCUUCGUUUUUGUUUUUAAAGUCCUGCCGGCCAUGGAGAGGCGACGGACAUCCGUUUGUAGGAGAAAACCCAUGUUUUGGCUCGCCUGUUUUCUGUUUGCUGUUGCUGAAGCGAAAGUGGCUUCAACCCACUCCAGCUCCCCACUGACCGUGUCCGCUGUCCACCGGUACUACACCUGUCCAGAGGGGGUGACUGCCAAGCUGGUUUGCAACCAGAAAAUUUCCAACAUACAUCCGGAUGAGCACGUAAGGGACCACUGGCUCUUCACGCCCCACUCCGACCAGCACUGUAUAGACAAGAAAACCCCACGCGAUGUCGCCCACAAACACCUCAACUCGCAUCUUGGAGUGGAGAUGAACCAUACGAAAGACAGCAUGUGGGUGAUUCUCAGGAAUGUGACCUACGCCGACCAGGGCCGCUACUGCUGCAUAGCCCUGGGCUUAAAGGACGAUUCCAAACAUCAGACAGUCCAGGAGAAAACCCACAGCCACAUUAUUCUUCAAGUUACACCAAAGAGAGAUGGGGCGACCGGCUGCACAUUCUGGGAUCCCACACCUCCGCCAGCAGCCUCGGUGCCUGUGGCUUUGGCCUUAGCUGCUUGCAUUCUGGCUCUUCUGUCGCUGCCUCUUAUUCUGGUCCUGGUCUACAAACAACGAGAGAAUUCCCGGUCAAACAGACGUGGACAGGAGCUGGUGCGGAUGGACAGUGAAGCUCAGGGCCAAGAGAAUCCAGUGUUUCUGGGCGGAUCCCCGCAGAUAAAGACCCGGACUGUUUCUCAGAUCCUGACCCGUCAGCCCUCUGAGACCAGUCGCCACUUACUGUCGGACCCGGGAACGCCCCUCUCUCCUCCCACACAUGGCAACGUUUUCUUCCCAUCCGAAGACAUCAUCCCUGAGAAUCCAGACUUGGUGCAGAUUUAAAGCCCAUUCUUCACCUAACUGUUGACCUGGAAAGAUUCCUGCAGCUCUUUUGUUCUUCUCUUCAUUUUAAUACCAAAACUAUCCUCAUGAGCUUCACAGUAACUGCAUAAACACUUAUUGUUCCUGUCUGGAUUUGUCAUCUGUUCAUUGUCUGGACUGCAGGAGGGAGGAGCGCUGCAUUUCUGACCCACAUACCAUUUCCACCUGCAACAACAUCUGCAGGCCAACGGGUUGCAUCUGAUCUUCAGGCCAAACUCUGACAACAGCUCACAGACCUGGCUCUGCCGGUGUCUUUCAUUAACCCUGUGAGAAGUGUUGAAAGUGGGAGUCUCGCUAUUAGCAGGCAGCGAAUGAUUUACUCAGCUUUUAGAGAAAAUCAUUUAAGCAGCAAGUUCUCGUGAGCUCAAAUCCCCAAAGAGUUCAAAUGCAUCACCUGAACUCUGUUCUCUGUCAUGUGAACAGAGAACAGAACAAAUUUAUACUCUCAAACCUCCUAUUGUGAAUCCAUCAGUUUUCUUUUGCUGGUCAUUAGAGAACUGUCAAGUAAACAGUUUCAUAAAAUAACGAGUCAUUAUAGAGUCCAUGUUCAUGUUGUGUACAGGAAUCAAACCAACAGACUCUGAAGCCCCUUUCAAAACUCUUAAAGCAGAACUUCUGGCCAUCUAUCUAUUUUCUAAAAGGACCAAAGCAGCAAGAAGGGUUAAAGUCAACCCACCACAGCUUCCAAAUAAGGGAUCAACAGGACUUAUGUAAGGGUUAGCUGGCAUUGACAGCUUCUUUUACAAAAUACUUCAAGCAAAGACUGGCCUCUUCUGGCUGGAUUUUUCUGCGAGGACUGGAGAGGUAAGACGGGUUUGGUGCCAGUCAAACUACACCUCUGAGUCGCCCACCGAGGUAACGAUGGCACUGAAAAGUUGACAAGAUUAACAGGAUGUAGCCAUCAGCUCUUUCAUCUCACAGUUUAAAGCAGGACUUGUGGCUCCAAGGUGGUAAAGGCGGCAGAAGCCAUUCUGCCGUUUUGUGCCAAGCACAGCAGAAAUACUCGAUGUACCAAAGGGUUUGGGCUUUAUGGCUCUACAGCGUUAUGUAGCAACAGUCUUAUUUUACAAACAGACAGACUCAGAUGCUCAUUUGUCAUGUUUGUGUUUGCUAACAGAACCACCAAUCAAUGCAGCGACGAUACCUCAACAGUCGACUUGUGUGAGGUUUAUUGGCUUUGCGGCCUGAGGGCGUGAAGUAGAGUUUGCAAACAUCAGUCUGUGCCACCAGAUCAACACAAGAUUUAACAUAAAACCAAACCAAGCACUUAAAUCAGACUGGGAGAGGCACCCAGUGGGGGCGUGAUGGAGCCACUGGUGGGCAGUGGGCAGAUGAGUCUGGUGCGGGUUGUUCAGGGCAGAACACAUUGGUGACCAAUGACCUAAGACAAAAACUGUGGCCUUAUUGUUUUCUAUUGAAUUUCCAAUAGAAAUGCACUGAUGUGCAUCAGAGGGACCAGUUGGUCCCAUGGCACUCCCCAGUAUCCAUUCCCCAGUAAGAAGAAACCUAUUGACAGCAGGUUGCAUGAGACACUUGUUGUUUUAUGAUACAACUGUUUUGUGAAAGAGGUUUUAGGUGUGAUGAGACCAAAUAUUCUCCAAAACGUGGCAUUACGUUUCUUUUUGUAUAAUUUCUUUGAAUUUCUUUCUGCCUUUGUGCUACCUCAGACACGUACCGCUUCUGUUUCUCUGAAUACUUUCCUUCCGUCCUGUACUUUUUACAACUUUUACAAGCCUUAAACAUACUUGUAUAAUUAAAAAUAGAUUUAAUUUUUAGAGGAAGAUUUAAUUGUUGUCUCUGUGUAUAAUUAUGGAGAAAAAAAUCAUUUGUUUUUCUUGAAUGUAGCGUCAUAGAUACUACCGAAACAAACAAACAGAAAAUCUUCCAGGAGUUGAACUCGCUGCCGUUCAGACACUUCCUCUGGGUUUCACUGUGUUUAUGUCUAUCAGGGUAAAGGUUCAAUCCUACUUUUUUAUGUUUGCAAUGAGGUCUGAUAAGCCAAAACUGUUAAAUGCUUUGAAAUGUCAGUCGUAGCGACGCUGAGGUGUUGCUGCAUCACAUUGACUGUUAACUCACUGGUAGCGGAAAUCAUCUGAAGAAGAAAAUGUCUAACAGGUUUAUAGGACAGAGUAACAUUUUGUUUCGUUUAGACGUGAGCCUGCUUACGAGUUUAUGGGUGUAUAUUUGUGUGUAAAGAAGGGAUUAAAGUUUUAAGAAUUGAUUUCUGGUUUCCCUGAAAAAUAAUGUUUGUAUGCUUGAUGACUUUUAUAUUGUACCUGUGUGUUUUUAUACUGUAAAAAGCUUGCAUGAGGGAAUGGUUCUUGCUUUUAAACAGCCCUGUUGUUAUUUUGUACAAUAAAAAUGAAACUCUCGAA